GCCGUAUCCAGGGGGUGGGCUUUUGGGCUUAAGCCCCCCCCGAAAUCUCAGGAAAAAUAUUUUUUUAGUAAUGCGUUAUGCGUAAUGGGUUCAUAUCACAGAACAAUAUCAUAUUAUCGUUCAUGUCAUAGUAAUAAUGUUGACGACCUUUUAGUAUAUUAUGGUUGUGGUGACGCGGUAGUCUUAUCACCACGUCUUACUCACUCCGCUCGCGUUACCGCGCUAUACGCGCCCCAUGAUAAUAUAUUGAUAACAAUAAUCUUAUUCGUGAUAUCACAAAUUGUUUUAUAAUAUAAUCUGUGGUGAUACGUGGUGAUACCAUCAUAAAAUAAUGCAAUACUCCAAUAUACCUACUAUCAUUAAUUAUCAACAUCAAUUUGUGGCUUUUUGCUUUUUAGUUUUUACUUUAUAUUAUAUUUAGUGAAGUGUGUCAGUUUUAUUAGUUUAUAAAAUGAAUGAAAACGAAAAUGAACCUAAGAGAAAAAAAACCAAAACAUUGUAUUCAUACUUUAGUUCAAAUGUAACUACUUCUGCAAAUAUUUGCAUCAAUGAACAGUUUCAGUGGCACAAUUCCACAGCACAACACACUUAUAUAUUACACAGAUACAAUAUUUCUCAAUGGUAUCCUACAAAGGAUUAUCCCGAAAUAACAAGUUCCGUUAAUCAAGAUAAUAGAACUACAUCGACGACUUUAAGUUAUAAGGAAGAUCAAAAAAAUGAUUCUGUUACUGGUAUUAAAAAUAUGAGAGCUGAUAUAGUUUUACCAACAGUUAAUUUGACAAAUUCUUCAUCAAUUGUUUUUCCGAAUUCGACUGAUGAGAAAACUAAAAUCAAUACAUUUAUACCUGAAAACACCGUUAUUGAGAAAUGCUCAUUGAAUGAAACUUUUUGCAUCAAAGUUGAAAAUUAUCCAAGAGAAGAUUUAUACAAGAUUUUUAGAACCAGCAAAUUUGCGUCAACUUCUUAUCAUUAUGUAGAUGCCAAGGAUGAGGUAAAUGAUUUUGAAACAAGAAUAUUAUCAGAUGUUGGACUUCAAUCAUUCUGUCAGUCAAGAACAGAAGUUAUAUAUCCAGAAGCCGGUCUUACGUCAAAAAACGAAUGGCGCUAUAUUGUACAAGCUCCAGCAAUUAAUGGCAGUGAAAUUUUCAUUAAACAAGGAAUUCUAGUGGAGAAAUGCAUACAUCUUGGAGAUCCAUGCCGAUUUGAUGAUACUUUACCAAAUGGAUACGUCUCAAGAUGUGUACAAAAAUAUAUCUACAAAAGAUUAAUGUCCAUUGAAGGUUCAUAUCAAUUUUACUAUGAUUAUUUUAGAUUUCCAUCUUGUUGUCAGUGUAUGUAUAGUAUAAAUGAAGAUAUGUUAACAAGAAGAGGUGGAGAUUAAGAAAACCGAAGAUUUUUUCAUAAACAAACUGUAAUUUUAAAAAGAAACAAAAAGUGUCUUACGAGACAAAUUAAAAAAAAUAAGAUAGUUAAACAAAAAUACAAGUAUACCUUUAUAUUAAUAUGUUUUUAACCAAACGUUACAAUUGUGUACUCUUUAUUAAAUAUUUUGUUUAUAAAAUAUUAAGAUAAUUAUAAUUUAGUAUAAUAAUAUAAUAAAUAUAAUCAAUGAAUUUCAAAUAUCUAAAACUAACAAAAUAUUUUGAAAAUUAUGUUAUUUUUAUAGUUAAGUAAAUACAUAGGUAUUAAGUACUAGGUAUUAUGGAUAUUUUGUAAACAUUUUAAGUUUCUGCGGUCUUUCAUUUUUUAACUAUACCAACUGCAACAAAAUAAAAUAGAUUUUGUCAUAACUGGUUUUGCGUAAAAUUUCCAGUUUUCCCCUAAUUGUUUUUUGUUUUGCCUAAUUAUUAUAAGUGCUAGGAAUUCCUAACUUUUUACUCCCAUAAAUUACUAACUUCAUCCUCUUUGCUACUAGAAAAUAUAUAUAUUGUAGUUGAAGAUUGAAGCAUUUUAUCAGCCAAUAAGCGAUGACAUACCUACAUAAAUAAACCUCACUAUAAAACAAUAUUACAUUCAUACUUCCCAUUAGUUACCAUUG